AUGGAUCCUCCUGCUUUAGACCUCCUGGUCUGUUCCACCUGCGGCGUCCAGUAUGAUGCCACGUCCGGGUUGAAAUCCUGCAAGAUCUGCGAUGAUCCACGACAAUACGUUCCUCCAUCGGGACAAUCCUGGACAACACUGCGCUCUCUUCAAGCGUCACCUGCAAAGUAUCGCAAUGUCUUCACCACCGACCCCGAGAACCCCAACCUUAUCAGCAUCCAAACGGCCCCGAAAUUCGCCAUUGGUCAACGAGCAUAUCUCUGCCUUGAUGGAUCUGGCUCCGGCAAUGUUCUUUGGGAUUGUAUCACAUAUCUUGAUGACGAAACGAUCCGGCAUAUUAAUUCUCUAGGAGGAAUCCGGGCCAUUGUCAUCUCGCACCCGCACUACUUUUCCACCAGCAUCCAGUGGGCUGAUGCUUUCAAUUGUGAUUUAUACAUCUCUGCGGAAGAUGAAGAAUGGGUCGCCAAUAGAGGCGAUGGACGCCGGUUGAAGUUGUGGGAGGGGAAGAGACUCUCUCUUCCAAGCCAUCGACUCGGCUCACUCCAACCGGAUGAGACCUCUGAUUUCGUCGCUAUCAAGACCGGAGGCCAUUUCCCUGGAAGUUCAGUUCUGUGGUGGAAAUCAGCCAAGAAACUGCUCAUUGCGGAUACCAUUAUGAUUGUUCCCAGUGGACUUUACCGCGUGGACCGGCCCGCUGGUACUGUUUCUUAUGCGUUCAUGUGGUCGUAUCCUAACUAUAUUCCACUUCCUCCGGAUGAUGUCCAUGGUAUUUGGAAAGCAAUCGAGGAUAUUGAUUUCGAGGACACGCAUGGUGCCUUUACUGGGCAGGAUUCUAGGGGUAACAGUAAAUCGAGGAUCUUGGAGAGCGCAAAGAUUAUCAUCAGGGCCUCGGGGUAUUCGGAACAUGCUAUAUUCCAGGAGUGA